AUGGCACGUACACGCUCAAAACCAGUAAAAGCGACCCCAAAGGAAUCCACACCUGAACCCACCACGUCGACAGCCAAAUCGCUACCCGAAAGCACACCGAACCCCCCAAAGCUAUUCGUACUACCAAAGGAUACAUCAAAAGAUGCGCGCAUAAUCAGUCUCGACAACCCCGCAAACGCCACCCCGUCAAGAUACUACUUCUGCCCCGAGAAAGGCUUCUAUGAGUUCACGCGCAUCGCGGCGCCCAAGAAGGACUGCAAGAGUUGGUUGAUAACAGGAGAGAAGGCCGAGAAUUACACAACAGAAGGAACAGACCCUUCGCGGAUAGGCAGUGGCUACGUUACCAAAUCUGCCGACCUCUUCGUCGCAACACCAAUCGACAUACUAUUCCUCAUCCUCCCCGCCCUCACACCAAAGUCCGCAAAAGACACCAAACAACACUUCCUCGCCAUCGAUGACUACCUAGACUCGCUCUCGUCUGCCUCACAGCACUGGAAAGCGUUAUUAACACAAUAUCCCUCCCUGAAAUCCAUGAUAGAAACCAAGAUGCGAAGGAUAUGCGACACAGUCGACGCCGGCGACGAAACCAUGUACCGCCUCUCCCAUCCCAAACUGCUCGAAGUUCUGCUUGCAAAAGCCGAGCGCAUGGUUAAGAAUGGACUUCCACCAUCACUGGAAGAAAAGUAUAUCAAGACCGCCCUGGAAAUUCCCGUCAUGAGCAUAAAGCGGGAGGAAAGCACACUAAGUGCUGUUUCGACAACAGCAGGCACAGAAGAAGAGAAGGAGAACAAGCCGACAAUAGCGGACUCCCAAACAAGUGUCGAAACUAGCAUAACUACACCCGAGGACGACGCCGCCUCAAAACCCACCCUCACAACCCCUGAAGGGAUACCGCACCUCCUCCGCCUCCGCACAUCCCUCACCUACCUCUUCAGCGCCUACAUGUCGCUAUCCCUGCGUACGCCUCUCCUCGCCCUUCUCAGUACGCGCUUCGCCCCUCUCGAAGCCCACCUAUCCUCCAUCGCAGCCCUCAAAUCCGAAGCCCUCUCACUCCGCUCUCUGUCAGACAACAUAAGCCGGAAACGUGCCGUUGAGCUAGACGAAGAGAAGAUUGCCGAGCGGGAAGAGAAGAAGAGGAAGAAGGAAGAGGAGGCCAUAAAGAAGAAGAAUGAGGGGAGAGGGGUCAAGCAGUUGAAGAAAGUGGAUACGAGUGGCAUGAAGAAAAUGAGUAGUUUUUUCACGGUCAAGCCGAAGGGGUCGUAG